UACCGUACGCCGCUGCUAACUAGCAACGACAACCACACGCUAAACUUUGUUGUUAUGGACCAAGUUUUAUUCUUUUUCAUGUUAGUGUCCAACUUAACGAAUGUCAUACACCUAAAUUUCAUUCCUUCGUCAUCAUCUUAGCAGUGUCAUGGAUGGAAAAGAGAAGCAAGAUGGUGUGUUGGAGAGUUAUUCACCUGCCACCAGCUUUGAAGUGCGACUGAAUGAGGUACAACAGAGAAGCACAAAGUGCCCGUCUUCAGAGAGGGCAAUGUCUAUCUUUGAGGUGUUCGACGAGGUCUUGCCCCAGCUGGGUAUCUUCCAGAAGGUCCUGAAGAUGGUUCGAGAUGAGAUGUUUGAGGCUGUAUACAGUCACCAGUAUACUGGUUCACAGUCUCAGCAUACGGACUACAACCCUGCUACCAACAUAGUGACGGCUAGAGGAGUAGAAAACAAGGUCUACAUCGAGAGAAUACCAUAUUUUUCUCUUGUGCAGAGAGUCUAUGAUUCCAGGCAUGAAGAAGCCGAAGAACUGAAGGAGGAGAUCAAGGUCCUUCAGAAGCGGCUCUCCGACAAGACCAUGCAGUUCAACCAGGCAGUGACAACCAUCGGUGUCCUGCGGGAAGAGAUCUCGGAACUUCAAGCCACUGUCGAAGAGAAAGAAGAGAUGAUCAUCAGUAGAGAUGAGACAAUUGCAAGCAAAGAUGAUGAAAUCAUAACUCUGAAGGAGGAUGCUUUUAAGGAGAAGACACAACUUGAGCUGGAGAAGCACCAGUUAGAGGAAGAGGUGGCCAAACUGAAGAGUGAGGUGGAAUACCUGAGUCAUUACAAGAAUGGCUAUGAUGCUUUAGAAGAAGCUUUCAUAUUCAGACCAGGCGAAGACAAGUUCACCCAUGCUCCAAAGAAGUCCAGAAAGUCUGCCAUUGCAACAAGAAAGAACCAUCUCUUGACCGACUACGAGGCCGCCAAGAAGAUAGAGAAGCAGUUACUGUUGGUGAGGAACCAAACUAUCGAGGAGUUUGAUGCGUUCUUUGAGAGUCACGUGAUGGAACUGAAGGAUCGGGUCUUUAAGGAGAAACCAGCGGAGGAUGCCAUCUUACCGGAUCACAUCUAUGACCAGGAGGAGCUUAUUAUUGAGAAACUGGAUAUGGAACUCGGUAGCAUGCAGGAGCGAUUCCAGCAGACCAUCGAAGCCCUCAACAAUGAACUUGAGAUGAUCCGACUCCACAAGGACUACGUAGAGACCCAGCUGGAUGAACUUGACAAACAGAUACGAGCCAAACCUCCCAGUCGAGUCAUGUUCCGGUCGACGGGCACCAACCUCAAUAGCGCAGGGGCGAGAAGCAAUCACUCUGCAGGACAGUAUGGCAAGCAGUCAAGGUUGAGUGGAAAAGAAUCCACCAUGUCGGUUGUAGGUGGCGGAGACAGCUUUGAGAAUAUGGACCUGAUGGGUGCCGAGAUGGAUCCGUUCAUCCCCCAGGAGGCCAUCCUCAGCAAGUACUCCAUUAUGGUCUAUACCUCCACCAACCAGAAGAAGACAUUCCAUGAACUCAAGGAUGCCAAGUUCUGUGCGAGCUGCGGAGAAAAGACUGUGAUCUGCCCCCAUAAAGUUAGCAAUGAGAAGAUAAUUAUACUGCCUCAUAACUGCUCCCACAUCAAGCUAUCGAGACCAAAGGUUAGGAUACAAGCUGAACGCAAGGACAAAGAAUACCGCAAGCCCCACCCACCAAAGGGCAAGAAAGGCGCACCCCCAUCAGGCACCACCGACGCCAGCGGGGUGCGGAAGAGCAAACGUAUGGCCAGCCAGGAGGUGGGUACCCAGGAGGGGGAGGAGCCCCAAGAGAUGGAGAGGCCAGAGGUCACGAUAAGACUUCCUGCCGAUGACCAGACGAAUGGAGGAGCAACAGGAGAAGAAGAUGGAGGAGAGAAGGAGAAGGAGGAGGAUGGAGAGAAGGAAGAGGAGGAGGAGGAAGAAGAGGAGGAAGGAGAAGAGAAAGAGAAAGCCGCUGCACAAGAACAGCAGGAGAAACCAUUCACCGUGCUUUGGGAUGACUACAAAGAAAGAACCGGUCAGACGAGACAUGUUCCUCGACCACUGGAAUUGCGGCGAGUGAUGUCGAUGAUCUCCCAGUUCUAUUCUUACGUUCUCCUUCAAGAUGAAACAGCAGGCACCCCAGCAGUUUCUAUUCUUGAAGCCCUAUACACACAUCUUGAGGAGCGCUACCUGAUCAGAGAAGUGGCCCAUCUGUGCAUGCAUGAUUUCAUCCAGGGUGUCAUUGAGUACGCCCCUCAACACAAGUUCAUCCAGAUCUUUGCUCAUGUGAUGGUUGGUAACCUGGAUGCGACUGUCUUCAGAUAUCUUCUCAUCUUGACCGAUCUAGUAGACAGAGUCAACUGGCAUCACAUUGAGGACUUCAAGUACUUCAUCAUGGCUGUCUAUCCCUUCCUUAAUGAGGAUGAAUUAGAUCAACUUCACCUUGGCUAUACUUCCUUCAGUGAGAACAAGGUCACGAAGACGCUCAUCUUUGAAUACUUCAUGUAUAUCAUACUGAAAUAUAGAGAGCCUCGCUUCCAAGAUGUCGAGAUGAAGAUGGCCCAGAGACCUGGCCGUGAGUUUGGUGUGAUGAGCGAGAGAGAGUUCAACGAAGCCGCCGACGCAUUAGCUCCUCUCGCCAACGAAGGAAUGAGACACAGGCUUUUCACCGAAUCACUGGAACAUUUUAGUAAAGAUGGCCGUGUGGCUAUUAGUCGUCUGACACACAUUGUUAGCUACUUACUCCUGUACGGAAUGGCUCCCCUCCUGAGGGAGAAGAUCACAGAGACCAUGCAAGAAUUUAGGCUGAAUUCAGCGGAGACUCAGUCCAGAGCAGGCAUGCAGUCCAGGGGAACUAAUCUAUCUAGAACAGGGCAUAGGAAUGAGAGACCAAUUGCUAUGGCAACUGCGAGUGGAAAUCAGCAGAAAGAUGAAGAGCCCAAGAUCAUCACUGCCUCCCAGCUGAAGAACCUGGCCAAAAAUGUUGAAAGACGAACUCAGAACCGCGGCACGCGUCAAAUCCAAGCUAACCCUCGGAUGGACAUUGAUGAUAUGGUCAGUGGUGGUGACGCCAUAGACGAAUUGGCAGAGUUUAGUAACAGCGGACUAAUGGUGAUUGGACCGGACUAGAGGAAGGUAUUUAAAAUGGCAUAUCAGUUGGUUGUUUGAUGCUUGCUGUCAUCAAAUACAGAAUCCUCUGUCGAUUCCGAUUGUAACCCAAAUUCUGAAUUCUACCGAGCCCAGUCCGAAAGCAUGUUGCAAGGAAAUAUUUUACAAUCACCUACAAUAUAACUGUUUUCUUACACUCCUUUUUGCAAGAACCAAAUCAGUAAUCAAUUACAGGUUCGUAAUUAAUUGCUAUAAAUAUGAUUGAUUUGGGCAACCACUGAUAGUUUUGCAGUUGAUAUUAGUUUUUUUCAAUAAGUGGAGGGCCAAACCCCAAUAUGAAGUUUAUUGUUUUUAUUCUUUCCACCAUCCUCACAAACUAAGUAGAGCAUGCUUAUUUUCAAGCUCACAAAGAUUACAAAACAUCAGACCUGCAUUGGGUGAAGAGGUUUUCCAGACAAUAAGUGUUAGUGAACUUUUGAUGAAAAUUCAUCAUAAGAGAGUUUAUGACUUUUUUAAGAUUUUCAUAUGUGAUGCCUUGUGUGAGCAAUUAUAUAAUGUAUAAACUUAUUUUUCUUAUAGAAGGGGGUAUGAAGUAAAAUCACUUUAACUUUCUUGAGAAAAUGGAAUUUCAGGGAAUUUCUAUUUCUCUGCAUUCAUGUAUGGAGGAACUGCUCAUCUUUGACAUCACAAAAUAAAACUUUGAAAAUUCUUUAUUCUAUUUAUUCUGUGAUUGAUUUUCAUCAAACCUUCACCAAUAUGUGUCUCUAACGUUUCUGCUUUUAUUGAAACCAAUUUAUCAUCUGUGAGAACUUCCCCUUUUAUAAGGGACUGUUGCAUAUUCUUUUUGGAUCUGAGAAGCAGAUUCCUGACAGAGAGUGAGGAAUACUACACGAUAGGUCGAGAUCCAACAGUUCUUCUCAGAACUUGAACAAAGAAAAAGAACACUUAAAAGUCCUUUUAAUAAGGACUACUUACUUGGUAGAUCCCAGUCCAGUCUGAACCACCAUGCAAACAUUCAAAGCUUUUUAUUUUCAUUUUAUCUGUCCUAGUCAAUUAGCUCAAAUUUUAAAGGAAAAUGAAACUUUUGGAACA